GGUGUUUAGUAUCAGCGGGUGUUAUCAGUUGUGAAUUUAACGUAGCUUUUAGUUGAAGUGAUAUAAAAGGAAAUAACAAUUAAAAAUUAGAUUCAAUGCUUCCAGUGCAUUCAAUUGAAAGAAAUACAAUAAUUUAAGAAACCGUUUUACAUUCACAAACACGAUGUUGAGCGUUGCUCGUCAGUCUGCUAAAGUUCUUGGUCGAGCAAAUCUGACAGGUUCGUGUUACGCCGGACGAACCUUCAUCUCCUCAGUGCCAACAAAAGCACCACACACAAAUGGACUGACCAUUUUUCGAAGGAUUCCAGUUCAGAUGAGGAGGUUUCAGAGCCUACUAAGACAGACCGGUACCAUAGCACUGAAUUAUGCAUCCAAAGCAACUCCAAAUUCAAAGAAAAUUGUCGGCACCUGGAUGCUGACAUGUAGUGGGAUGGUUUUCAUUGCAGUAGCUUUAGGAGGUGUUACCAGACUCACUGAAUCAGGAUUAUCUAUGGUGACGUGGAAAUUACUUGGAGAAAAAAUGCCUUCAACGGAACACGACUGGAUCGAAGAGUUUGAGAAAUACAAACAGUUUCCAGAAUUCAAAAUAACGAACAAAAACAUAACAUUGGAAGAGUUCAAGCGCAUCUGGUGGAUGGAAUAUUUGCAUAGAACAUGGGGACGCCUGAUAGGUGCUGCAUUCAUAAUUCCGGCGACAUAUUUCUGGACAAAGGGUUGGUUCGAUAAGAAAACAAAGCUAAGAGUUACUGCUCUUGGAACUCUGAUUGGCAUGCAAGGAUUAAUGGGCUGGUACAUGGUCAAAUCUGGGCUAGAGGACAGAUUCGAUGGUCCUUCUGAUGUACCGAGAGUUUCUCAAUAUCGUCUGGCCUCACACCUUGGGUUAGCAUUUAUUAUCUACACUGGCUUUCUCUACAACGCAUUGGACAAAUUGAUUCCCGCUCAGAGAGUGGCUGUAGAUUAUUUUGGCUCGCGAAACUUUGAUUCCAAUUUGACAAAGGGUCUACGAAAGCUACGAAUGAUGACCCAUUCAACAAAAGGCCUUAUCUUCCUCACGGCUAUAUCUGGCGCCUUUGUUGCCGGGAUGGAUGCCGGACUUGUUUAUAACUCAUUUCCGAAAAUGGGAGACAAAUGGAUACCUGAUGACAUACUCGCCAUUUCACCUACACUUAGAAAUUUCACUGAAAAUCCGACAACUGUACAAUUUGAUCAUAGAAUAUUAGGUAUUACAACACUUUCAAUGAUCACAGCAACUUGGUGGAUUUCACGGAAGUACACCUUGCCUGGACGGGGGGCAAAGGCCGCAAUGGCUGUUUUGUGCUUAGGGUAUCUGCAGGUUCUUCUAGGUAUUACGACACUUUUACAUUAUGUUCCCGUCCCACUAGCAGCUUCCCAUCAGUCGGGAAGUUUGGCACUACUCUCUGCAGCGACGUGGCUUUGCCAUGAAUUAAAAUAUGUUAAAAAGCUGCCCAAGUGAAUUUGUCUACAAGUUAGCUCCAGGUUUGUACAAAAUAGUAUUACUUUGCAAAUAAUUGGAGAAAUGUAAAAUAGAGCGCUGCGAUGAUAUGACAGUAAUAAAAAAAUACAAUUUACGAUACAAGAUUCACAAUUUUUAUAUCUUAUUGUUUUUCUGUAUUAUGAAGCUCAGAAAUAGCGUUUAGUAUCUCGCCGAGGAUGAAACUGUUUUGUUUUCACUUUAACACGAAUUAUGAAACCGCGAUCAAUUGCGAAAAGCAUGUCAGACUGAAAAGUAGGAACAGAUGUUAAAGAGAAGGAGGUGAUGAGUUUACAACAUUAUGCUAAUUUAUUUGUCAACGUAGUGUGCAGUCAUAUUAUAGUUAUUUGUAAAAAUUAAUUUUAAUUAUACAUAUACUAUUACGUUAAACCUAUGACAAAAAUAUCGAAGCUUACGUUUUUACUUCAUUUAUUAUUAUUGUUAUUAUUUAUUUAUUUUUUUUGUUCUUAAAUAAUACAACAAUUGAAUUCUUUAUAAUUUUGUCAAACAUUAAAAUAUUGCCUUACGUGGUAUAAACCGAGUUAGUUUGAUAUUUAUCCUUAAUAUUUGUUAUUUAUUUUUUUUUUUUAGAAUAAAAUUUUCACUCAACGGACUUGAUUGGAUAUUUAUUUAAUACAUAUGUGUGUAAAUGACGGUAAUUUUCGUUAAAAAAAAAUGAAAAUCUUCAAGAUUUAUUUUCUACCUAAUUAAUUAGAAUUUAUCGCUGUGUCAUUUGUGUAUAUACUGU